CAGAAAUUUCUCUCCGGAGGCACCGCGUUUUUAUUAGCUAAAACGGUAGCUAUUGCAGACCUCAAAGACGCGCAGAUGCACCGCGGGUGCACAGUCGAUGUUCCUGGCCUUGCUGAUGUAGAACCUGACGAAUUCCCAGAUCUUGCUAACAAUGGACAAGAAGAAGCUCCCCGCAAGCGGGCGCAGCCUUUACCAACCGCCAAAAGUAGGACGAAAUCCCGCAAAGUCAACGAGUCGACCGCGCCUACCGCUGCCGUGCAAGAUGAAGAUAUACCGGAUCAAGAAGACGACCUAUUAGCAGACUGACGGGCGUUGACUAGAUACAUGUGCUGUAGAUUAGAUUCAAGACUUUUAAUGAAAGGCGCGUUGUUGACAGCCGCGAUAUCGACCUGCAUUGGCUCUCUUGUGCUUAUCAGACGUGACCCCCUCUCAUAUCAUCGCCCAUCAACUAGACGCUGCAAACUCUGCAGCCCAAAUAGUCUCACUUUUUG